AGUCCUGUGUCUCUUGCCCCACGGCCCCACCUUCUCUGCUACACUUUUCUGCUCUGCCCGGGCCCUGGCUAAGCUCCGCCUGCUGCGCUGCUCCCGAGAGGGGCCGUCGUGCUCUCCAGGGCAGGCUCUAGGAGGAGGGGUGGUCAGGUCCGAGUAGCCCUUUGCUCUUCGUCCCAGGCUUGGAGAAAUGGGUGACGGGCUUGGGGCUGGGCAGGUGGGCUCCGUGCUGCCUCUGUUUCCCUGCUCCUUGCCCCUCAGAUGGCCGCCUCUCACCGCUGCCUCUUCCUGCUGCUUCUGUCCACGGGCGUGGCUCUGUUGCUGCGACCACCACUGGGUGCCCGGGGGGCCCCGCUGGAGCCAGUAUACCCGGGGGACAAUGCCACGCCGGAGCAGAUGGCCCAGUACGCAGCGGAGCUCCGCAGAUACAUCAACAUGCUGACCAGGCCCAGGUGUGUGUGAGAGAGGGCGAGAGACCCCUGCCCUAGACCCUUUCACGCUCUUGGGAAAGCAGAGCAUCUCUACUGAUCUGGCCUGGGCCCCUGUGCCCCGGGCGGGAUGGUGCCGAGGGGUGGGCACGAGGCCGGAGAGCUGGCACCCCGGCACAGCGUUGGCCCCAGCUACCUCUCCCCUCCCAGGUAUGGGAAAAGAGACAAAGAAGGCGCGCUGGACUUCUCGGAGUGUGGCUCCCCCCACGCAGCUCCCCCCAGGUGGGCUUGGUUCCCUGCCCUGUGUGUCCAGAUGCCUGGGGCGGAAACCGGGGUGUGUGUCGGGGGUGGGGGAGAACAGGGGCCUAGGGCUGGCCUGAGGUCUUCCGAGGGCACGAGGACUACCCACUCAUGCUGCCACGCUCUGCCCUCUCCGCACAGGCAGCUCAGCCCGAGGGACUCGUAAAGCCACCUCCUGCCCCUCUGACUCCAGGGCAGUGCCGGCCCAGCUCGCCCUUCCGCACCCUUUGCUCUGGCCGCAGCUUGCCCCCUGCUCCCACGCAGGCUAAAUAAAGCACAUCAAAGUCAUAGCCUCAUUCUCCGUGUCUCUGGGGACCCCAGGUCGGGGGCAGGAGCAGGCCAAAUGCACAGGAAG